AUACGCGAAGUCAGGCGGACUCAUAUCCUGGAUAACAUUUCUGAUCCGGAAGCACACCGCGGGGGAAGUUCAGUCGAUACGGUUUAUAGGAAACGGAGUGUUAUUUUAGUACAUUUGUCUGUAUGGUUUAUUUUUCUUACUGUCUAGAAAGCACUAGGAGACGUGUAGACGGUUAGUGUCAUUAUGGGUGCGGUUUAAAAACGCUGCUAAAAUAAUACGAGAGAGACCGAAAGAAAGAGAGAGAGAGAGAGAGAGCUCUGUUUCCUGGGAUGCGACGCCGCUAGGAUGAAGUUUGUGGUGGUUCUGAGCCUCGCGUUAGCCCCUCUCUGGGUGAAGUGUGCACUGAAUCCCCGAGCGGCGGAGAAACAGAGAGCGCUGAGGAACCACGAAGAGGAGGAAGAGCUCGAGAGCCUCAGCUCAGUGCUGGCAGACUUCGAGGUGCUUCCUGCUUCCAGUCUCCAGCAACACUCCCUGCGGAAGCGAGAUGUCGACUCGCCAUCACACAUCGAACGUCUUGUCAGCUUUACAGCACUGAAGAGGCACUUCAAGUUGUAUCUGACCACCAACACUGAGCUUUUUACUGACAAUUUCAAAGCUGUGUUCGUAGACAAUGAAGGAAGGGAGGAGGAUUACAAUGUCGACUUGCAAAACUACUUCAGAGGACAUGUAGUAGGGGAGGAGCACUCGCGGGUGCAGGCCCACAUGGACGGGGAUGAAUUUUCAGCGCACAUUCUCACCGAAGAAGCCGAGUACAACGUGGAGCCUUUAUGGAGGUUCACAGAGAAAGCGCCAGACAGUCGUCUUCUGGUGUAUCGCUCUGAGGACAUUAAGAACAUUAGCCGACUGGCCUCGCCCAAGGUAUGUGGCUACGUCAACGCUGAGGCUCAGCAGUUGCUUCCCGAUGUGGCCAGAAUAGCAGCUGGGACAUAUAAGGAUGGAGAAGCAGGCCAGAGAGUGCGGAGGCAAGCACACAACCCCAAGAAAAACACCUGCACGCUGCUCCUGGUGGCAGACUAUCGCUUCUACAAACACAUGGGCCGUGAAGAAGAGAGCACCACGCUGAACUAUCUGAUCGAGCUGAUUGACCGAGUAGAUGACAUUUACAGAAACACUUCGUGGGAUGAUGAGUUUAAAGGCUAUGGUGUACAGAUUCAUCAGAUCAUCAUAAACAAGUUUCCAACUAUAGUGACUCCAGGACAGCUUCACUAUAAUAUGGAAGGCAGCCCACGACCAAAAGACAACCAAGUGUGGGAUGUCAAGAAGCUUCUAGAACAAUUCAGUUCAGACAUAGCAGAUAACGCCUCGUCCGUGUGCCUGGCGCAUCUUUUCACCUAUCAGGACUUUGAUGAAGGCACUCUUGGCCUUGCAUAUGUAGCAUCCUCUAGAGACCAGGCCUUGGGAGGACUAUGCUCUAAACCUUACUAUCCAGUUCCUUCAGUGAAGAAAGCCAGCUACCUGAACACUGGCUUAACCAGUACAAAGAACUAUGGCAAGACCAUUCUUACCAAGGAAGCAGACUUGGUGACCACUCAUGAGCUUGGACACAAUUUUGGAGCAGAGCACGACCCAGACAACAUUGCCUAUUGUGCUCCAAGUGACGAGCAAGGGGGCAAGUUUGUAAUGUACCCCAUUGCUGUGAGCGGAGACCAUCCAAACAACAAGCGGUUCUCCAACUGCAGUAAAGCUUCAGUGAGCAGAACUCUGAAGGUCAAAGCUCCACAGUGCUUCAAGGCGCGCUCCAGCAAUUUGUGUGGCAACUCUCGAGUGGAAGAAGGAGAGCAGUGUGAUCCUGGACUCCUCCAUCUGAGUGAUGACCCCUGCUGUACACCCAAUUGCAAGCUGAAAAAGGGCAUGCAUUGCAGUGACCGGAACAGUCCAUGCUGCUCCAAUUGCCAAUUCCAAGAAGCUAAUAAAAUCUGUCAGGAGUCCAUCAACGCCACAUGUAAAGCUAGCUCAUCAUGUACAGGCAACAGCAGUGAGUGUCCAUCUCCUGGGAAUCUGUCUGAUAACACGGAGUGUGUGGACCGAGGCCGGUGCCGCGGAGGCGAGUGUAUUCCUUUUUGUGAGGCCACAUCCAGACUUAGCUCCUGCGCCUGCAAUGAUACGGACAGCUCUUGUAAAGUAUGUUGUAAGAAAAAUGGAGUGUGCACCCCUUUUAAAUUUGACAGUGGAGAAUAUCUGUACCUACGGAAGGGGAAGCCCUGCACCGUGGGCUUCUGUGAUGGCCAUGGUAAAUGCAUGAAGCAGGUCCAAGAUGUUGUCGAGAGGUUGUGGGACUUUAUCGACAAGCUGGACAUCAACACAUUUGGGAAGUUCCUGGCUGACAAUAUAGUGGGCUCUGUGGUGGUCUUUUCACUUCUCUUCUGGAUCCCUCUGAGCAUUCUGGUGCACUGUGUGGACAAGAAGCUGGACAGACAGUAUGAGGAGAACUCGAAGUCUCUCAUAUACCCCAGCAAUAUGGAGAUCCUGAGCAGUCUGGAAGGGGCUCCCAUGCGCAUCAUCAAAGCCCCAUUUCCUCCACCUCCUCCUCCUCCUCCUUCCUGUGUUUCAGCAGCGCGAUCCGUGCAGGGACACCCCAGUGGCGGUAGCAGCACCUCUCCGCCUACAACCUCCUCUUCCGAGCCCCGAGCGGAUCCUCCACGUAUGGCCACCAUCGAGGAAGACUCCAGCGGCGACUCUCCACCAGGGACAGCCUUCCCCCCGAGCGCUGCGGCAGCCAAGUCGUUCGAGGACCUCACCGAACAUUCACCACUAAACCGUCAGAACAGACGACUGCAGAGACAAGCACGGGUUGAGAGUAAAGAGACAGAGUGCUGAGACGCGCGCGCCGUCCACUUCACACUUCCACACUUCACACUUUCUGCCUUUGCAAGUACGCAUGUCAGUGUCACGACAAACAAAUGAGCCUCUGUAAAGAAUCAGUGUGGAGACAAUCCAGCAAUCAGUAUACUGUAGUGUACGUGUGUUGUGCAGACUGCUAAGUAUUAUUGGUUAUUUGUUUAAAUAUUUGUGUACAUUUAUAAAAGUAUUUUUAAAAAAGAAGAGUAGAAAAUUUAUGUAUAAAUGCCUAAGGCUGCAGGAUAGAAGCCUGCAUCUUAAAAGUUGCCUGUUGCAGUUCAAUGAUUGAUGAUUAAUUUUUUUUUUUUUCUUGAAUCCGUCAUGCCCUAUGUUUUUAGGGCUGAACCUUGGAGGUAAUUUCAGUGCCCGAAAAAAAAGUAAGGCUAAAAUAAGGUAACUAGCGGACGGACACUAAAAGGAUGUUUAUUACACAUCUAAAUACACUGCACUUUUAAAGGUAUGAUAUUAAAGAAUGAUUAAGAAUAUAAAGAGAUUUUAAAGUGCCUUGUAGAACAGUGGAGUUGUCUGGUAAGAGAAAUCUGUAAUGGUUUUACUAGUACGCUGAAAUGCCAGUAUGUGUGUGAAACCUUUACUUCAAAACAUGACCAAGAACUCUACAGUAAUCUAGACCUAGCCUUGGCUCCGUGUCCAUGUUAAUUCCACUUCUGGCUGAAAUCGUGUUUCAAACGUUGCAUUUCUGCAGGAAAGUCACCAGUUUAUUGUAGCUGUAUUUGUUUUACUAACUACUGCUCAUAAACAUGUCAAUCAGAUGAGUAGACUGAAAUGUGAUGAAACUGGGACACAGCGUUCCUCUUUCCAUCCUGCCGUUCCUGUCUCUGCUCUGCUGUGGCACUCUGAUUUACUACACUUAAGAUUUUCUGUUUUUGUAAACUGCCUGGGAGUUUAAACUGGAAGCAUUAAUAAUAUAGAAAUACACUGAAUUCUGAUUUCAAGACACAUUUGUGAGCCCUCAGCAACAUAUCAGAAGUCGUGGUGUUAAAAUGUUUUUAUUAUCAGACACUGUAUACUUGAGGUGCUCUUCAGGUCUCUGUGUCUGGACCGUUUUAGAAAUCAGAUAAUAAUGGUUUAAGGACUAUGUAUGUGAAUCUUUAAAAAUGUAGUUUUUAUUGUUGCAUUAAAUUUAAAACAUUUACAGUGUGAUGUACGUGUGUGUAUUUUUCAGUUCUGUAUCUGGACGGUGCUUCUUUCUUUGCCAUCAAUACUGUAUUUUAUAUUCAUUCUGUUGUGUAUAAAAUGUUUUUCCUGAUUUAUUCCAAUCUAAUUCUUACUUAAGUAGUAUUAUUAAUGGUUUGGUCAUAAUAUUUAAUAUCCUAUGUGUGCCAUAAACCUGUGGAAUUUUAUGGUGUUUAAAAUACUAUAUAAUGACCAGAAAGUUUAAAUGUUCAAUUGUUUGAAAUGGUUUUGGUUGUACUUAGUGCUAGUACAAUAUAUUUGUCUUCUAGAUGUAUAUAUCUUUAUUUACUUACACUGUAUGAACCCACAAGAAUAAACUCUACCACUGCA